AUGGAAACGGACUCCGGCUUUGCAGUCAAGUAUGCAGCGCUUAGCCACUGCUGGGGCCCGCCUGAGAAACGGCCCCCUUGCACGCUCAAGGGCAAUCUUUCCCAUCACAAGGAGGGUAUUCCAUGGACAAAGCUUUCGCAAACCUUCAAAGAUGCGUGUGCGCUCUGCUGUGAUCUCGGUAUCGAAUACUUGUGGAUCGAUUCCCUCUGCAUCGUCCAGGACGAUGCGACGGACUGGAAGACGGAAGCGGCCAUCAUGGGCCGCACUUACGAGGAAGCCCUCCUUGUCAUCGCAGCCUCGGCGGCUACCGAUUCGAGUCAAGGCCUCUUCGGGGUCAGGCUGCCAGACGACGUCGCGCCGGUGAAUUACAAAGGAGACGUCCGUAGCGGAGUUAUGGCUUAUAAUUCCCGCGGGCCGAAGGGUCUCGUUGACAACGGGCCGUUGAAUACUCGGGCAUGGGUCCUCCAGGAGUAUGUUCUCGCUCGAAGAACCGCACACUUCACCAAGUGGGGGGUCGUUUGGACAUGCUCCCGUGACCCUGCCGUCGCUGUGUCCGAGUAUGACUCCGGGAAACAGACUGUUCACCCGGUUCCAAACACAUGGGAGAACAUUAUUCGAAGUUAUUCCAAACGCGAGAUCACGUACAAGUCUGACAAGCUUAUCGCAAUACAGGGUCUUGCGUCCUCAUGGGGUAGCAAGCAGGGAAAAACGCCUCACUAUGGACUCUUCCUAGAAGACAUGCCGCUAUGUCUUGCCUGGUUCUGGAGUGGACACGGCGACGACAAGCUUGUGCGUGAUGUGGAAGGGGCGCCUUCGUGGUCGUGGGCUUCGGUGACAGGAAGUCUGGACUUCUUGAUGAGAGAGAACGAGGAGGCGACGCCGGGAAUGAAGGCGUUGUGCGGUCGUGUUAGACCAAAUGAUGAAUCUAACCCGCAUGGCGCCUUGCUUUUUGAAUCAUCGUUGGUGAAAGAAGUCGAUGCCAUCGCGGGGCCAUUUGACUGUGUCCCAUCCUACCUCGAGGAUCUUCAAGCCAUCGAUGCGGAGUCUGAAACGCUGCGACAUCCGGCCCCGGGCAGCAUCAGCUGGUGCACUGGUCACUCAAACCAUUACGAGCAGCAUUAUUUGCUGGUAGAUCAACGUUGGGGAAACGUAGGCUGGUGUGCUUUCGAUGAGAUAAACCAGACGCCUGGGCCGAUCAGUUGUCUGCCGCUUUUCAAGGAAUCGGCAACGCCGUGGUAUAUGCCGCCCGCGGACACGGCAGAACCAUUCUAUCUGUGGUGCUUGUUUGUGUGCCGGGUCGAUCCUGAAGGCUGCGGAAGAGCUGUUUACCAGCGCGUGGGCUGGGGACGCAUCCUAGCCCCGGCAUGGAUAGAAGAUGGCCGAAGACAGGACUUUAUCCUUGUCUAG